GGAAAAAUAAUAUGGAAAUCCAUUUAUAUAUCUACAAGAGCGCAGAGUAUACAGAGAGAAAUUGGGGCGUGUUUGGGUUGGUUGAUGAAGAGGAAAGUGGUGAAGCGGGGUACUAAUAGGAGGAGAGAGAGUGGGAAAAUGAAAGGGACAUUAGGGAGGCUCUUGCAGGUUCAGCUCCACCAUCACCAAUCAUCUUCCGCCAACUCAUCCUCUCUCUUCGCCAGGAACCUUCUAGAUUCAGAACCCGAUGAUCCUUCCACUUCCGCUUCCGCUCUAGACCUCGACGCCGCCGACGACAAAGAUUUCAUUCUCAGUCAAGACUUCUUCUGCACUCCUGAUUAUAUCACCCCUGAUAAUCAGAACUUGAUGAACGGCUUUGAUUGCAACAAGGACAACAUUCCUUGCCCUAAGUCGCCGGAGAAGCUGCAUACUCUCAAAAGCAAGAGACCUCGACAAGAUGGUAUCCAGGUAAAUCCCCUCAGUCCUAUAUUAUCUGGCUCUCAACAAAUAGUGGAACUUGCCAAAGACAACUUUGAUGUGGAUGAAGUCAACCUAGAAAAAACAGUCAUUCCUGGAGUACAGAAGACUAAAAAUUAUGUUUCCCAAUCUGCUGUUGCUCUAAGGUGUCGGGUUAUGCCACCUCCCUGCAUUAAAAACCCAUACCUAAAGGAUGCCUCAGAAAUGGACACGGAUCCUUUGGGAAAUCAAAGAUCAAAGUGUGCAGGUUUUUUCCCUGCAAUUAUUGGUGGAGAUGGUCUUUCACGCUAUCAUACAGAUUUUCAUGAGAUUGAGCAAAUUGGUACUGGGAACUUCAGUCGUGUUUUCAAAGUUUUAAAGAGAAUUGAUGGUUGCUUGUAUGCUGUCAAACAUACCACACGGCAGUUGCACCAAGACACUGAGAGGAGGAAAGCCUUAAUGGAAGUUCAAGCUUUGGCAGCAUUAGGGUCUCAUGAAAACAUUGUUGGAUAUUACUCUUCUUGGUUUGAAAAUGAGCAACUCUACAUUCAAAUGGAGCUUUGUGAUUACAGCUUGUCCAGAAAUACAUCUUUGCAGUUGUUCACAGAAGCAGAAGUGCUGAGAGCCUUGCUUCAGAUUGCAAAGGCAUUGCAGUGUAUACAUGAAAGAGGAAUAGCUCAUUUGGAUGUAAAACCUGAUAACAUAUAUGUCAAGAAUGGUGUUUAUAAACUUGGUGAUUUUGGAUGUGCAACUCUCCUAAAUAAGAGCUUGCCAAUUGAAGAGGGCGAUGCACGUUACAUGCCUCAAGAAAUCCUAAAUGAGAACUAUGAUCAUCUUGACAAGGUUGAUGUCUUCUCUUUGGGAGUUACUAUUUAUGAGCUCAUCAGGGGUUCACCUUUGCAAGAAUCAGGACGUCAGUUUCUUAGAGAAGGAAAGCUGCCACUGCUUCCUGGGCAUUCCAUACAAUUUCAAAAUUUACUCAAGGUCAUGGUGGACCAGGAUCCAGUUCGACGGCCUUCUGCUAAGGAAUUAAUAGAAAAUCCCAUAUUUGACAAGGUUUCAAAUAAUGCAAAAGCCUGAGCAAAUUUAUUGUCCCGGGAGUAUGGAAUGCUUCAUGUGUGGCUGCUUGCAAUCGGCUGGCGCUGUUUGAGUUGAGGGCACUGGAGUGGCAAUGACAAACCUAAACUAUUAAUUUAUGCACCAAAUUUUCUCCCUAUACUGGUGCACAUUUUGUAAAGUUGGGAUAGAGCCACGCUCAAGAUUCGUUGUAUUAUUAUGACUAAAGCGAGCUCCUGCUCUAGUUUUUUGUUUGGCCACAAAGAAGAGCUCCUGCUCUAGUUUUAUGCACCAAUUUAAGUUUCUGUAGUGGUGCAAAUUUUGUAAAGUUACAAGGCAAGCAAAAGAAAUGCCAUGGUUCCUUCCUCCUUUGAUA